AACAUUUUACAUAUAAUUAUUUUGUAUCUAUAUUAAAUGCCAUCUCUUUCACUCAAGCUUUAUUUCCUUAAGAGUGAAAGAGACCAAUAACAUUAAGCUUUUGUUGGGACUGAGUUCGGGCUAGGAUGACGCGUGUAUUUUCAAUACUUUCUCGUCAUUGUACCAACUACAAACGUCAAACAGCUGAGCGAGGUGACUGACUCGUCGUUGUGUGGCUUGCUCUUCUAUUAUCCAAAUUUUUGAAACUAAAUUCACAGGAAUAGUGGUUUCAUUAGUUAUUACUCAACCUGCAGAAUAGUAAUUUUCAAUCAUGAGUGAGCUGAGUCAGGAGGAGAUAAGGAGACGGCGCCUGGCGCGUCUCGCUGCCCUUGGAGGCGCAGGCUCAGCGCCAUCGCCCGCCAGCCCUCCAGUCACACCAGGCGCAUCGAUGCCCUCGCCAGACCUACAAACUUCCUCACAAGUACGCUUCUCGCCAGCGCCAGCUCCGCGAGGAUCAACAGAACCCUCCACCCCAGAAGUGGCCAACACAAACAAAGAACCAAACUAUUCAGAAGGAGUUAAAAGUGAAGUGGAUGACCAAAGCAAAAUACCUGCUGAUGGGUUAAUUGUAACGGAAAAGACAGACAAUAAUCUUUUGGAUGAAAUGCCUGAUACCAAAAUGACAGAUCUCUCACAAACAAGACAGUACAAUAGUUUUGACUCCAUGGGUGAUGACACUUUGUUGAGUUGUGGAUCAGUGCGAGUGGCUAGUUUACCACAGUCUGCAGUGGGUGGAUCUGAAGGAGCUUCAACUAGAGAAGACAGCACAUCGCGGUCAAUAUCUCCAGCACAGUUUGUGGAGCCAUCGCCUGUAAGGCCUCGGCCCAGUAAUGCAUCCCCCAGUUGCUCCCGACGGUCUCUCUCAAUGGAAGUGGAUGAUGUAUCAGAACGGAAUUCACAAUCAGAGAAACAAGAGGAACCUAUGGAGGUGGAUGACAAUGACACCCAGACAGCUUCCCCAGCCCGUAAGAUACACCGGUCGCGUACAGUAAGCUGUACCGAACUGACAGAUGAGCAACUUCGAAAUAUUGUUGCCAAGAUCCUGCAGGUGUCGUGGUCUGAAGAUAGUGCAGGAGGAAUAUUUGUCCCAUCUGUAGCAGCGUCUCUUCUCGACAACCCAAAACUAAGUUUAGAAGAACUGGCUUCGGAGGCUCUGAUUGAUGUUAUUACGCAAAUAGCGGACGGCUCAGACCCUCUCAACCAGAAACUCAUCGCGAUCACUGAAACGACUAAAAGGCCUAGUGACGAAUGCGGAGACGAUAUGUUGACUUGUGGACCAAUCGGUUCAGAGACAGAAGCUGACAAAGCGGACUGCCCUGCGCCGUCGCUACCCCUACCCAAGACAAUACCCACCCAAGGCCUCGCCGUCAGUUACAUUAUACGAUUCUACUCGAAUAUUAAUUCGUAUGAACGUGAAUAUUCCAAGAAGAGUUCAGAGCCGCCAUUGAGCGACUUGCUUCAAAGUUUAAGAACAUUGCUAGUGAACCACUUAGUGUUAGUGCUGCAGGGUAACUUCGAGUUGGAAAAAUGCAGGAAGUCUCCUCUUCUGCCCUACAUGCUAGUGGUAUCGCCGCCGACUGGCCUCAUACCAGAGCUAUUGCUUGCUACUUACACAAAUAAGGAAGUUUUCGAAGAGGUGUUCGUGCCGUUAGUGAUGGGUAUCCGCGAGGAGAUGCGUCGCGCGGUGUCCCCGCUGGGCGGGCGCGGCGCCUGCGGCGGCGGCAGCGCCCUGCGCGCGCUGCGGGCGCUGUGCGAGCUGCGCGCCGGCCCCAGGCACUCCCGCCGACCCCUCGCCGAGCUCAUAGCACGCCUGCCUUCACUCUGCCCAGACGCCGUCACUACUGCAGCAGGGCGAGAGAUCGCACGCGUCAGCUUCCUCGGACCAUUCUUUGCGAUAUCGCUGUUCGCGGAGGAGAACCCGCGCCUGGCGGAGCGGCUGUUCGCGACGGGGUCGGGCGACCGCAGCCUGGCGUUCGCGUUGCAGCGCGAGGUGGAGGCGAGCCGCAACACGCUGCACAACAUCUGCCACAACAUCCUGCUGUGCCCCGACGCGCGCGAGCCCCUGCUCAACUACUUCGCCGCGCUGCUGCAGAGGAACGACCGCAGGGCGCAGCUGCAGACUGACGAGAGAUCGCUGGCCGGAGAUGGGUUCAUGCUGAACGUAUGUUCAGUACUGCAACUACUGUCCGUUCGCAUCAAACUGGAGCGCGUGUACCCGUUGUACACGUUCCAGCCAGACUCCUGGGUCAAUAUUCGGGACGAGACCAGACUGUACUUCACUACUCAGGAAUCCCAGGAAUGGUUGGACACACUCAACAAGGACCCUAACCACAAAUGGCCUGAAGCGAAGUUCCAGACAGUAUGCUGGUUCUUAACGCUUCAUAUGCACCACGUGGCUUUGAUCCCGGCUUUACACACGCACCAGAGGCGAAUUCGGGCAUUCCGUGAUCUCCAGAAAGUGAUUGAGGAGUUGAUGGCAGCUGAGCCCCAAUGGCGGAACAGUUUCUCAGCGCUGCGCAACCGGGAGCUCUUGCGCAGGUGGCGGCGACAGAUUAAGAGACUACACAGGUCGAAGCAGUGCGCGGAGACGGCGCUGCUGGAGACGGAGCUGAUGCGUCGCAGCGUGCAGUUCUACUCGUCCGUUUGCGCGCUGCUCACGGCGCAGCUCGAGGCCGCCGCCGCCGCGCGCGGGCCCUACGCCGACGCAUUCGCCGCCACGCCCGAGUGGUACGUCGAGGACAUCGCUGAGUUCAUGCUCUUCGCCGUGCAAUACGUCCCACAAGUAGUAGCGGACUACAUCGAGGACCCAAUUAUCACUUGGCUACUGAGUGCUAUCUGCCACUCGCGCCACUUCAAGAACCCUUACCUUGUUGCUAAGAUCGUAGAAGUACUAUUCGUAAUCAAUCUCUCCGUGCCACUAAAACUGAAGAAUGUAUACGAGAAAUUCAUGGACCACCCGAUGUCGCAGACUGCGCUACCGAGUGCUCUCAUGAAAUUCUACACGGAUAUAGAAACUACAGGACAAAGCACCGAGUUUUACGAUAAGUUUACUAUUCGGUUCCAUAUCAGCAUCAUUUUGAAGGGAAUGUGGGAGCGACCUAUUCAUAAACAGGCUAUUGUAAAGGAAUCUCGAUCUGGACAUCAGUUUGUCAAAUUCAUCAACAUGUUAAUGAAUGAUACUACAUUCCUCCUGGACGAGUGUCUAACGUACUUGAAGCGCAUCCACGAGGCGCAGGAAGGCGCGGGCAGCGCGGGCGGCGCCGCGGCCGACGCGCGCGCGCGGGCUCUCGCUCAGGACGAGAGGCAGUGUCGCUCAUAUCUCACUCUCGCCAGGGAAACGGUGGACAUGUUAGAGUAUUUGACAGUGGAGAUCAAAGAGCCAUUCCUACGCGCCGAGCUAGUGGACCGACUCGCGUCGAUGCUGAACUUCAACCUACAGCAACUCUGCGGACCUAAGUGCAAGAACCUCAAGGUCCGUCGGCCAGAGAAAUAUGGUUGGGAACCCCGAAGACUGCUCAGUCAGCUAGUGGACAUCUAUCUACAUCUCGACUCGCCGCAGUUCCACGCCGCACUUGCCGCCGACGAGAGGUCAUUCCGCAAAGAGUUGUUCGAAGAAGCAUCUUUGAGGCUAGCUAAGUCGUGCAUCAAGACGCCCACGGAAAUAGAGCGGUUCAAGGCGCUUGCUGAUAAUGCAUAUCAAAUCGCAGUGUCUAAUCAACAGAAAAGCGAUGAAUAUGCUGAUGCUCCUGAAGAAUUCAGGGACCCACUCAUGGAUACACUAAUGACUGACCCAGUCUUACUACCUUCCGGAAAAAUAAUGGACCGAUCUGUGAUUCUGCGCCAUUUGCUAAAUAGUGCCACUGAUCCCUUUAACCGACAACCCCUUUCCGAGGAUCAGUUACGUCCAGCAACUGAGCUCAAAGAGAGGAUCGACCAAUGGCAGCGCGACAAGAAAGCGUCGACGUCAUAAGCGAGGCCAACAUUAAAGUCUGAUGUAUAUAACGUAACCCAUAUAUAAAGACUACCGGACGGAUUUUUCCGCCUUUGAUGGACUAUUGUCCGUAUGCGUGAAUGUGAGAUUAUUCCAUGUAUGUUUAACUGUUCGGAUGUUUCGUGAAGUUGAAACCACGUUAUUGUAACGUUUACGACCUCUAACGGAUCAUUUUCAAUUUGCAUACAGGUGUUAAUUUAAUCAUUACAUUAUUUUCAUAUUGUCACAAAAUUCUUCCAUUAUUAGUAUUACGUAUUGUGGCAAGAACCAAAUUUUAUCCAAACUACUAUUAAAUUUAUAUUUUAUAAUAAGACAAGCUUCAAUUCACGGAGUAUUCGGUUGGCAUCUAUUUAUAGCUUUAACACAUUGCACGUGAUUCUCGGUUCUUUAUGUAAUUUCAUGAAGUUAUAUUAAAUAAACUUAAAUUAACAUCUGUAUUAUUGGCGCGUUGAACGCUAAGAGAGAAAGUUUAACUGAAAUUACCAUCACACAUAGUUGUAUGUAAAGGCCUAAAUCUAAGAUACAAGUAACAUGACAUUUACGGAGUAAGCUAGGUGCUUUCGUCUCGACCCCAAAUUUGAUGACUAUGUAACAUGAGCACAACAUACAGAGUAAUACGACGUGGAACAUGUUGAGCUGGAUAUCUUUCUGCAUUUUAUAGGAAAUCUCGGUAACGUCGUGAGCAUGUAAUUUCGAUUUAAAUUGGUUAGUCCUACAUUAGUUUAACUAAUGGUUAUACAUUAGGAUAUAAAUAUAUGAAACAUAUAGGAAUUGUAUGGAAUGUUUAAGACUUCUUAUUUUUGUGCAAAAUGAAAAUUAGAAAAAUGUAUUUAAUUAUAUUUUGAUUUCUACUUGAUUAUAGUGAUAUUAUGUUUAGUCUUUGUUAGCAAACAUGAUUUUUGUAUUAUCGUUUAAUACAUUGUGAUUUGUUCCUUUAUAACUUUAGUUAUGAUGAUUUGAAAUGGAUUUUCACUUGAGAAUUAGGGAAUAGUAUUCGUUAUGAUAUCAGUAGCUUAAUUCAAAUAAUAUAAUUCACGGCCUGUCAAAGUUCUACGGAUUGACGAACUCGCCGAUGUAUCCAGUAUACACACAAGUUAAAUAUUCGUGGAUGCAAAGGCAAACUUGAAACAUGCAUAAUAUGUUUCACUGAGUAAAUAAGUUCAAGUAGACUACUAUGAAGACACUGUAUUGGAAUAUAGUAUGUUUGUAAUAUGUAUUUCAACUUUUAAUAUUUCUCCAGUCACUGCCAAUAUAUUCAAUGUAGUUUAGAUCAGGCAUUCCUGAAUGAAAUCCAUUUCUUUAAAUUACAUGGUCUCACUUGUAUGAUAAUUUGACUUGUAAUUUAUCAUAAUAUUAUGAAGAUUAUAUAUCAUAGAGGUCUCCUACGUUGAUUAUAUCAAUAAAAUUAAAUAAAUGAAAACCAUUGUUUUUGUCAUCACAAUUUUAGUAUACACUUUUACAUCAAUUAUAUUGGGACUAAAUUUACUAGCUUAAUUAAAUAAAUUAUUGUCAAUUUACAAUCAAGAGAUUUCAUUGUAUUCAAAUUACAAAAGUACUAAACAACAGCUUUUAUAUAAAAAUCUUGAAAAUUAUUCUUAAACAUUAUAAGAGGUAGAUGAUAUUUUUCGAAAUGUGUACCCAUAACCUAAGCAAUCACAAAAGCGAGAUGUGUUACAAAUAUCUCAUUGACUACACAACAUUCAUUGAAAUUCAGACUCCAUUAUAUUUGUUAGAGGAAGUUCAGUGUCACCAACCUAAUCCUUUUACAUGUUUAGACAACAAUGACACUCAUACAACUUAACAAAGCUAUUUUACAUAAUUAUCAUGUUCCAUCAUAACAAAAAAAGAACUUUUAAAUGCUGUUAAAAGGAAAAAUGAGACUUGAAUUUCAUAAAAUUUAUGAUGGAUCACUGAAAUGGUAUUACUAAUUAUUCUCAUUAGAUAUAGUAUCUAUUUUUUUUAUAAAACUACACUUAGAAAUAUGUUGAAUACUAAGAUUCAAUCCACAGUAAGAAAACUUAUCAACAUUAUAAUGACCAGAAAUAAGAUUGUAAGGCACUAAAAUUUUUGGUAGUAGGAUAUAUUAUAGUAGAUUGACAUUGACAUAUUCCCAAUUUUCAUACAAUCUCGUGUAGCAUAAUUUAAUAUAGUGUACAAAGAACAACCAACGUCCAAGAUUUGAUUUAAACCCAUAUAAAUGGUGAGAUACAUUAAUUAAUUUAAGACCUUUGUUUGUCAAUCACUGUUAGAAGAAAAAUUAAAGUGUACUUAAGUCGGGUGUUAGAGCUACAGUGUUCAUUUCUGACAGGAAAUUAUUUUCAUCUCAGCAUUAUUUACAUUACUUAACAUACAAAAAUAUACAUUUUUAUAGCAACUUACAAAAAUUGUCAGUCCUAUGAUCAAAUAACAACAAUUGAAAAUUUACUUCAUUUACUUGUUACCGAAGAAGGAAUGGGAGGCGAUGAGCAAACAAACAUGAUAUCAUGUAGAGCAUGCCAAAAUAGAAAUUUAGUCUGGCUGUCUGUCUCGGUACAUAUCUCAUUGUCUCAGGGCUUCUAAAUCUUCUUUCUAUUUCAAAAGCUCUUGGCAAAGUUAACAAUGGGAUUAAAAACCACAAUGAACAGCGCACUGAAGCUACCACAAACAUAAUGUAUGGAGUAAAUAAUAAAAAGGCAUACAACAGAUAUGAAGCUGUUCUGCCAAUCAAUAUUGCUAAAGUCACUAUUUCUGCUUUACUAUCUGUCUCCAGGUCUCUGGUGUUGUUGCUGUGCAGAAUAGCCUCAGUAUUCAGUGCAAGUGGUAUUGCAUAAUAAAUUAUUGGCCAAUCCACUCUACCAGUUUGCGCUAAGAAAGCAAAAACCACUGAUACUGGUCCAAAUAUCACCAGAACUAAAAUAUCACCAAGAGCUAUAUAUUUAAGUCCUAUGCCGCCAGUAUAUAAAAAUGAUGAAGACAAUCCUCCAAAAUAUACCAGAGCCAAAUGCUCCAUGCGGGCUGGCGAUAGAAUUACAAGUGGAACAAAGGAGGCACAUCCAGCAAGGUACAAUAUAGCUCCAAGAGAUACAACUUCAUCUAUACUCAAAAUAUGAUCAACUAGAGUUCUAUCGUCAGAUUUACGGUUGUCAAUCCCCUUAACAAAAUCAAAGUAGGUGUUUACCACAUUGCCAGCACCAUGAACUGGAAUAAUUGUACACAAUGUUAACAAUAAAGUGCACCAACUAAAGCCACUAUCGCCGGGAAGUCGGUAAGCAAGCGCAGCCCCCAGCAAAGUCGGUAAUAAACUUGCACUCAACGACCAAGGACGUAAGGCAAGGACAUAUGUUCGGACUUUCAUUAGCGGAUUCCGAGUUGGCGUUGUUUCUUCUUUCGGUUGCUGCAGGAGGUUCCCUUCUACUGUUGGAAUAUCCAUAUCUUCACUUUUCUUAUUAAUAUCCAUGUAAAAACAGCAAGUAAUUCAAACUUUAUUCGAAUCUAACACUUUUUAUCAGACUUCAUUUUAAUUCAGCAUUUUCUAAAUGAGAUAUGGGAUUUCUUCAUCAUUAUAGUAGGUAAAUAUUAAAACCGUUUGCACACAAUCCCGUUAUUUUUUGUACCGGUGAUGACCGAUAUUCAGAUAGAAAUCACAAAAUUCAAGCCUAACUCUGUCAAGUCACAAUAAUAACACAAUGUCAUUUGUCAUUGUCA